GGCCGCGGCGGCCCUUUGUGUUGUCCCGCCCCGAGGCGGCGGCGGCGGCGGGGGGACCCCGGGGCCCUUCCCGCUGCGGCACCCUCUGCUUUGCCCGGGCACCCGGCGCCGUUCUCCUCCCCGGCCCGCCUUGCUGUGCGCGCUGCCCGGCUUUGUGCCCUGCCACGGCCGGGUAGACUUUGCACGGGGGAAAAGAUGGUGGUUUUGGCGGAGGCAAGGGGCCAGCCUCCCGGGGUGCAGAGGUGUUUGGUUUAUUAUGGGGGGGGGGUUCACUGUGCCUGUUUUGUACAGCUGUUGGUAGAAGUGUAACGAGGAGGCUCUGCUGGUCCCGGAACAAUCACUGUGGGGUCCGUGCCUUGGCAGCCCAUCCUGCUGGCUUCUGGAAGCUAAACCAGGAGCUGCUUUGAUUUUGACAGGUCCAUUGUCUUGCAAUUCUGCCUUUCCCCCCAUCUGAUUGUGCUGCCCAUUGAGAGGUUUACAGAGAGAAAUGUGUGGGAAGGACAUAUUCUAAAGCACUUUCUUCCGAGCAUUGUGUGUGCCCGGAGGAAGCUCUUUGGUGGCAGUCUUAUGAAUGGAGACAAUCCCUGAAGCACAACCCUCUGUUUUUUAAAUGAGCAACAAUUUGGUAUUGCUCAUGUGGACCCACGAAAUGGCACAAGACUGAGUCAGGGGGCAAUUUUGUCAGCUCUUUUGUGCUCUCUCCUCCCCAACCCUUAAGAAAAUACAGUUGGUCAUUGCACUCCCAAAAAUGCAAGUGUCCUAAUGAUAUCUGAAAAGGUGAAAUGUUGACUUUGUUCACAUUAAAAUGUGUUAUGAUUUAAUGAAUAUUUAUUUCCCUUUCCCCCUCCUUGUUGCAUUAGAUUUAAGAUGUACACUGUUUGCUAUACACCAUUAUUGUGUAGGAGAGGAGCAACUCCACGGGCAAAGCCAUACUGCUGCUCUUACACUCUAGUGAGGACUCUCCUUUUAAACUGAAUAAUUUAUUUUCUAGCUCCUAGCUGGCAUUGUCAACCCUGAGCAGUCAUUAUUGUGAGAAGAAAAAGGGAGGGGUGAAGAGUGACCUAAGGGUGAAACAGACAAAAGUUUGGUUGGAGAGGCCUAAUUCAGGAAUGGAGGUGCCAACCAUGAGAGAGAAAAAAAGAACUGUAGACAGCUGGAAUAUAAAAUUUCUCUGCAGUGAUGGAUGUGCAGAGUCUGCAGAAUCCUGCACAGAAUGAGGGGAAUCUGCAUUGCAAUGUACUGCCUCCUGCAGAAUCACAUAAAAACAGCCCUUGCCAGCUGGCUUGCAAAAAAAUUAUUGAUCACAAUCUUGGAAAUACAAACAUCCUGGCUGUUUGUCUUACAGUAUGAGUAGGAAACUUUCCCUAAAGACUGGGGUGGCCUAAGUCAUCAUUUCUUGCUGAAUCAAAAGUUUCAUUUAAGAAAAUGAAGCUUUUGAUUCCAAAUAGUUGUGAAGAUAACCUUCAUUGCAUGAACUAAGGUAGUGCUGCCUUCCUGAAUCUGUAGACAGGGUGUUCCAGCACCUGCCUUUGUUUCAGCACAAAACUUUCCUAAACAGGGGAAGUAGAGUGAAAGGCUAAUUUCACUGUUGUUCAGUUCUUGGCAGCCUCAGUGAAAUAGACAAGAAGCAGGUCAAUUUCAGCUGUCUACUGCUUGGGAAAGCUAUGAGCAGCAGCAGGGAGGGCACUGGAGAUAUUCUUUGGAAAGGGGAGCCAAAAAACAGUGGUAGAGAACCCCAAUACAAUCCUCACACAACAGUCAGGAGUCUUCAGGGUAGGGGAGAGGGAGGAAAACUUUCCCCUUCCAGUUGCAAAAAGUAGGCUUGGGAAACCUAUAAUUCAGAUAGAACAGGUAGAGCCUCUGAGCGGGGCCCAAAACCAGCACUGUCCUAGGAAUCCCACUAUCCACCCUUUUUUGAGCAGCUUGCGGGGGGGGGGCAUUACUGCUGCCCCUGGAUUUGAAGAAGUGUGUACUUGCAUUCCCUGCAUCUGCCUUAGUCAUCUGACUAGAAUGUGUCCAGUACAUUUUUUUUUUUUUCAAGCCUUGCUAUGAGAGAAGUUGAUGUUGCAUUUGGAUGUAUGAGAAAUCUAAGGAGCUUGUUUAGAUUAAUCACCGGCCUUGUGUCUAGGUAUGGCAAAUAAAAAUCCAUGCUUUUUCUUUCUUUCUGUGCAUGUGGCAGUACUCCGCCACCAUGAUAAGACACUGCCUAUCAUAUUGAAGUAUUUGUCAAAGCUUUAUCUUUUUAUUUGAAAGCAGUAUCUUCUGAUGCCUUGUGUCCUAACAGAAAUGUUGAGUGGAAUUUGUAAUAAUCAAGUUUAUUUUAAGGCAAUAACUGGUCCAAUUUAUAGUCACAUCUCUUCUUUUCUUCCCCACACUGUUCCCUCUUUGCUUUGCUAUUUUCUUUCUUUGGGGCGAUCAAAUUUCAUGCUCUCUGUGGAUCACCUCUAGCUGAAAAUAUACUACGAGAACAGUGGUUCUCAUUGCUUUCCCACUGCUUCCGGUGCUGCCUCAGGAGCAUAGCCUGCUAACUAACCCAGGAAGUUCUGAGUAAAAGCUCAAAACUACAUCAUUAACAUAUCCCAUUGUAUCUGGAUACUGCAGCACAUAUGAGCUGUGAAAUUUAACUGAAGUAGAAUGGAAGCUACCGUAAUAUUACCUAUUCUGAAGAAAAAAUUAGCCUUCCUUUCAGGAGGGAAGGACAGACGAAGUGGCCUCAUUCUGACAAUUCCAUUAUGCCUUGAACAGACAAACAUGGAUGAGCUGAGUGUUACCCUAGACUAUCUGCUAAGCAUUCCAAGUGAAAAGUGUAAAGCUAGAGGAUUUACUGUGAUAGUGGAUGGCAGAAAAUCUCAAUGGAAUGUGGUAAAGACGGUUGUUUUAAUGCUCCAGAAUGUUGUUCCAGCUGAGGUAUCGCUUGUUUGUGUAGUAAAACCUGAUGAAUUUUGGGACAAGAAGGUUACACAUUUUUGUUUUUGGAAAGAGAAAGAUAGACUUGGCUUUGAGGUUAUUUUAGUAUCUGCCAACAAAUUGACUCGAUACAUAGAACCAUGCCAACUGACAGAAGAUUUUGGAGGGAGCCUUUCCUAUGAUCACAUGGACUGGUUGAAUAAGAGGCUGGUAUUUGAAAAGUUUACAAAAGAGUCUACAUCAUUACUAGAUGAGCUUGCUUUAAUUAACAAUGGAAGUGAUAAAGGAAACCAACAGGAGAAAGAGAGGUCUAUGGAUUUAAACUUUCUUCCAUCUGUUGAUCCAGAGACAGUACUACAGACAGGUCAUGAGCUAUUAUCAGAGUUACAGCAGCGUCGGUUUAAUGGUUCAGAUGGAGGGGUCUCUUGGUCUCCCAUGGAUGAUGAACUGCUUGCUCAGCCACAGGUCAUGAAGCUAUUAGAUUCACUCCGAGAACAGUAUACGCGUUACCAGGAAGUUUGUAGACAACGUAGCAAGCGCACACAGCUAGAGGAGAUUCAACAGAAGGUAAUGCAGGUAGUGAAUUGGCUUGAAGGACCUGGAUCAGAACAACUACGAACCCAGUGGGGGAUAGGUGAUUCAAUUAGAGCCUCACAAGCUUUGCAGCAGAAACAUGAAGAGAUUGAGAGUCAACACAGUGAGUGGUUCGCUGUAUAUGUGGAGCUUAAUCAGCAAAUUGCAGCACUGCUAAAUGCUGGGGAUGAGGAGGACCUGGUAGAGCUAAAAACACUACAGCAACAGUUGAGCGAUGUCUGUUAUCGGCAGGCCAGUCAGCUGGAAUUUAGGCAAAAUCUGUUACAAGCAGCUCUUGAAUUCCAUGGUGUUGCCCAAGAUUUGUCUCAGCAGUUAGAUGGCUUAUUAGGGAUGUUGUGUGUAGAUGUAGCACCAGCUGAUGGAGCAUCAAUUCAGCAAACUUUAAAACUGCUUGAAGAGAAGCUGAAAAGUGUUGACUUAGGUCUGCAAGGCUUGCGUGAAAAAGGCCAAGGUCUUCUUGAUCAGAUGUCUAACCAGGCAUCCUGGGCCUAUGGAAAAGAUGUAACCAUAGAAAACAAAGAAAAUGUGGACCACAUCCAGGGAGUUAUGGAAGAUAUGCAGCUUAGAAAGCAACGGUGUGAGGACAUGGUAGAUGUGCGACGGCUAAAGAUGCUUCAAAUGGUACAGUUAUUUAAAUGUGAAGAAGAUGCUGCUCAGGCAGUAGAAUGGUUAAGUGAACUGUUGGAUGCUCUGCUUAAGACCCACAUCAGAUUGGGAGAUGAUGCUCAAGAGACCAGAGUUUUGUUGGAAAAGCAUCGAAAGUUUUUUGAUGUUGCACAGAGUACUUAUGAUUAUGGGAGACAGUUACUACAGGCUACAGUUGUACUGUGCCAGUCUCUGCGAUGCACUUCUAGGUCCUCAGGAGACACACUUCCGAGACUAAACAGAGUAUGGAAACAGUUUACAAUAACUUCUGAAGAGAGAAUACACAGGUUGGAAAUGGCUAUUGCAUUUCAUUCAAAUGCUGAAAAGAUUUUGCAAGAAUUUCCAGAGCCGCCUGAAGCCAUUCAUGAAAUGGAGCAAUUUGAUGAAAUUGAAGCAGUUGGGAAAUCAUUGUUGGACAGAUUAACAGUGCCUGUAGUUUAUCCUGAUGGUACUGAGCAGUACUUUGGGAGCCCAAGUGACAUGGCUUCCACAGCAGAACACAUUAGAGAGAAGAUGAAGCUACUUAGCCUGAAAAAGCAGCAGCUGAGACAACCAGAAGCCACUACCCCAGAGAGCUAAUAGACUGGACCCUUAUCUACCAGCUCAGAAUAAGACUUCAGUUUGUAACCCAGCAUGUCGUCUAAAUAUUACAGCAUUUAACAUAAUGCAUUUCAUAGCCAUCAUAAAAGCCUCAUCUUUUUCAAAGUAAACAUUGCUCGUCAACAUCGUAACACUGUACAUCUGCCAAGCCAUAAUUAUUUAACAUGCUAUGAAACCAUAGAUUUCAAGUAUCUUAUGAAAAGGAACUGUAAACCUUGCACUGAAAAAUUGCGGUAAAGCUUUACCCUGACCUGUCAGUUGCUUCUUAGUUAAUCAGCUGACAUAAGCUUUGAAUGGUGCUAAUCAGAAUGUAGAAAUUCCACAUAUGAAACAGUAGCUCUCUUAAACCCCAUUCCCCCAGUGAUGUAGUAUUUUUAGGCUGUAGGUAAGCUACCUGUUUGCGUAGACAGUGGUGACCCUAUAAUUUUAAUUUGUAAUACUUUAAAAAUGACCAUUUCUGUUGUGCCAAUAUGCAACCUGCCCAUAAAAUCUUUGAUUUUUCAGAUUCAUUAAACAGAUGUUUUCCUAUUUGUAUUGAUAUGUAUUAAAAGCUGAUUGUGCUUAAUAAAAACCGUCUUUUAAAAAUC